AUGAAUUGCUUCUCUUGUUGCAAAGCGGUGGAGGAUGAUACUCCAAAAUUUCAAGUAAGAAAGGCCGGCCGGAGGCCAUAUUCUAAUAGUACUAGAGCAUUGGACUCCAUUUUCGCAACGCUCUCUUUCAAGUCAGGUAGCAGCAGGUGCAGGAAUUUACGCAAUGAGAUACUGAAGGUGGGAGGUGCAAAGCAAACUGCUCGGGUUUUUACAUUGAAUGAGCUUGUUUCUGCAACUGAUGGCUUCAAUCCUGCUUGUUUGCUUGGGGAAGGAGGAUUUGGGAAGGUGUAUAAAGGGUACAUAGAUGGCAUCAAACAGGUUGUGGCGGUUAAGAAACUUGACAGGAAAGGUUUGCAAGGAAGUAGAGAGUUCUGUGCUGAAGUUAUCAUGUUGAGUCUGGUUCGACACCCAAACCUUGUCAAUCUAGUUGGAUACUGUGCAGAAGGAGAGCAGAGACUUUUGGUGUAUGAGUAUAUGGCCAAUGGAUCUUUGGAGAAUCACCUUCUAGACAAAAGUCCAAAUCAGCUGCCUCUUGAUUGGUACACUAGGAUGAAAAUCGCUGAAGGAGCAGCUAAAGGACUUGAGUAUUUGCAUGAUGUUGCCAAACCGGCAGUCAUUUAUCGUGAUUUCAAAGCAUCAAACAUAUUGUUGGAUAGCCGAUUCACUCCAAGACUGUCUGAUUUUGGACUAGCUAAGUUAGGUCCAACAGGAGACAAGUCCCAUGUGUCUACACGGGUGAUGGGAACUUAUGGCUAUUGUGCACCAGAGUAUGCUUCCACAGGAAAGCUCACAAAAAUGUCUGAUGUCUACAGUUUUGGGGUUGUCUUUCUUGAGUUAAUCACCGGAAGAAGAGCAGUCGAUGAGACAAUGCCAGAGGAAGAGCAGAUCCUAGUCAAUUGGGUAUGUUACAGGUCAAGAAUUGCUCAACCGCUGUUGAGGGACAGAAGUAAAUUUUCAUUAAUAGCUGAUCCAUUGCUUAAAGGAAACUAUCCGGUGAAGGGUCUGCAUCAAGCUCUUGCAAUUGCAGCAAUGUGUCUCCAUGAGGAAGCGGAUUGCAGACCUACCAUGUCUGAUGUUGUACUUGCUCUCGAGCAUUUAUCCAAGCCAAGAAAUGAAGUUGUCAUUGAUGAUGAAUCAAAGCACAGCCGUGGUCAGAUGACCAAUGUCCAAUCUCUAAAACAAAGGAGUUUCAAAGCAGAGUUAGAUCUAUAG